CUGUGACAAAAGGAGUCUGUCAAACAUCUCUCAGAUCCUUUAUCGAACCUCCAACCCCGUCGACACUCAGUACGUUGCUGCCAAUGACCCUCGAGUCUCCACUGUUGGUGUGAUAAUAACCACAAGGAACAAACAGGAAGGAGGUGGUGCUGGCAGCAUUUUGCAUUUGAUGCUGGUUGGUCGAGGCUACACUAGCAAAGGUCCCGGAGAUAUCCCGCCAAUCACAACACGACGUCUCUCCCCAGUGACUCCAUCCAAAAGAGCCUUCUCACAGGAAGAGGAGCUUGGAAAACUAGUUGUAGGAAGUUACUCCGAGUACAACAAUCACUUUGUGAAAGCUUUUGUCCACAGAGACUAUAUCUACUUCCUGUUUUCCCGACGAGACAUGUGGCACAAGAAAGAGUACCAGACAUAUGCCUCUAGGCUCUGCACCACUGACCGCAGCUUCUACUCCUACAUGGAGGUGCCGCUGCUGUGCCGUGGGGGCUACAAUCUGGCACAGGGAGCAUGGCUUGGAAACCACUCAGGAGAGCCAGCUCUGUUUGUCGUCAUGGCAGCUGGCCAGGCCUCAACUCCUGUAGCAACAAGUAGCUCUGCACUCUGUAUUUUUGGGAUGGCCAAACUGGAUGCCAUGAUGCGGCGAGCACAGGAAGUAUGUUACACAGAGAGAGGGCAGGGCAGUGGCGGACAGCAGGAGGCGUACAUUGAGUACGCUGUGUCAUCGACAUGUCUCAAAUUACCAAAGGACUCUCUCUCAGAAUACUCCUGCGGGGGAGAACACACCCCCAACCCUAUCGCCAGCGCUGUGCCACUUCAAGCCACACCCAUCAUCACCCUGCCCACACAACUGACUGCUGUUGCUGCAGCAACAGAGGCCGGACACACUAUAGCUUUCCUGGGAGAUAAAGAGGGACGACUGCACAAGGUGUUGGUGCGCCCUGAUGGGUCAGGUGACCUGUACGGCAGGAUGCAGGUGGACGAUGGUGGCGCCGUCAGUGCUGACCUCCUAUUGGACAAGAGCCAGCAGCAUGUCUACGUGUUAACUGACAGCAAGCUCUCAAAAGUCCCGGUUUCUUCCUGUGAGAGACAGACAGACUGUUUGUCCUGUUUGUCUACCAGAGACCCGUACUGCGGCUGGUGUGUCCUAGAGGGAAGGUGUUCCCGUAAAUGUCAGUGUCAGCGCCACCUGCUUGACAACCACUGGCUCUGGAGUUUUGAACCGACCACUCGGUGUGUUACGUUGCAGACCCUGUUGCCAUCCAGCCACAGUAAAGUGGAGCAGACACAGGUAACACUGUCCGUCAUCCAGCUUCCUGCCCUCAAAGGUGUGGAGUCUCUUGCCUGCGGCUUCGGACACCUCCCACCUCAGCCUGCUGUUGUCAUGGGAACCAAUGUCACCUGUCAAUCUCCUGCACCAGAGCUCCUCCCAGCCCUGCCAACAGAAAGUGAUCACAUGGUCCUGCCGGUGUCUCUGAUGUUUGGUCAUGUGACCAUCGCCAGUGGAAACAUGACCUUCUAUGAGUGUGGAGCUGUGAGCCAGCUGAACCAGAAUUCACAGUGUUUGGCUUGUGUCAGCUCUGUCUGGAGGUGUAACUGGUGUCCUCAGGAUCAACUCUGUACCCACAACCACAGCUGUCCCAACAAGCACAUCAUCCUGAACCAGAGAGACUCUCCUGAUCCCACUUCCUGUCCUUUGGUUUUCGCUUUGAGAAGUUCUGCCUUAGUGCCCUUGAGCCUGAGCACCACUGUGGUGCUGGAAGGGAGAAACCUGGACGUCUACACGGAUGAGGGGCGGUACCUGUGUGUCAUUAAAAUCAAGGAGAUGCUGUUCAACCUGACGGCUGCUGUGGAGAGAACAGAGAACAACACACACCUGUUUACCUGCACCUCCACCCAGUUUCAGGUUGCGGUCACUCAGCUGCAGCUUUCAGCUCCUGUUUACCUGCUCAGAGGACACGUCCGUAUCGACGCCUCACCUGGACUCACACUCCAGCUGUAUGACUGCUCAGCCGGCCAAUCAGAUUGCUCCCAGUGCAGUGCAGUGCCGCAGCAGUACGGUUGUGUGUGGUGUCCAGGAAGCCCCAACCCUCGCUGUGUUUACAGCCAAUCAUGUUCUGAUGUACCUGCAGAGACCUGUCCGUCUCCUAAGAUCACAGAGGUGCUGCCUGUCUCUGGGCCUCUGGAGGGUGGAGUUCUACUGACAAUCUCUGGGUCAAACCUGGGCACCAAGUACCAGGACGUGGUGGGCGGAGUUAUGGUAGCAGGUGUUCCAUGUGAGCCUCACCCUGAAGAAUAUCAAGUCUCCACCAGGGUCGUAUGUGAGCUGAAAUCCAGUGGGACAAAGAAAAUUGGACCUGUCGAGAUUAAAGUUGGAUCUUCUCUACCUGGAAGGUCAACACAGAUAUUUACUUAUCAGGAUCCACAGCUCAUGGAGCUGGUUCCAGAUAAAGGUCCAGUUUCUGGGGGAACCAGGCUAACCAUCAGAGGCCAACAGCUGCUGACGGGACAAAAGUUGGACCUGAGUGCAUUCCUGGGCUCAUAUCCGUGCUACAUGUGA